AUGUCGACACAAAAUGGAAAUGGAAUUCUUGAGAAUGUGAGUUUUCCUACUGUUUAAUGAUUGAAAAAAGUAUUUAAAAAUUGAAAAAAAAAACUUUUAGGAUACUGUGGAACUUGCAAAAAUUGUACACGUUUUCAAGAAUCUCAAAUCACUGGAGAAUUUUAAUCGAAAUGGAGGCGAUGUGAGUUUUUCAGCAAAUUUUUGUAGCUGGAAAUUCGUCAGCAAACAAAAAAGUGUAUUUUUCCAGGUAGUUCCAAUUUUUGUGUCAAAGGAAAAGUUGGUUUGUGAGAUGUUGAUUCAAGCACAACAUUUGAAUUCAAAGGUAUCUAAAAAUCAAAAAGUUGAGAAUUUUAAGCUUUUAGUUUUUCAGGGAACUUUACACGGUGGUCAAACAGCAACUUUGACUGAUAUUAUAACAGCUCGUGCUGCUGGAGUUACAAUUAAAGAUAAGGGAAUGGCCUCAGUCGAAUUGGCUGUUAGGUAAGGCUAUUUUGUUUUUUUUUGGAAACUUGGACUACAUUCUACCUUAAAUAUAUAUAAUUCAUCCAAAAUUGAUAGAAAUACGUUUCAAAUAAAAUUCAAGAUAGAUUUAAUAAUGUUCAUAGAUGUUUGGCGAUGGUCCAAAAAAAUACCACCUCCCACAAAAAAUCCAAUUUAAUUUGCAGUUACAUGCUUCCUGUAAAAGUCGGUGACACCAUCGAAAUCACUGCAAAUGUUCUGAAAAUCGGUCGAAAUAUGGUUUUCACUGAUUGUGAUUUUCGCCGAAAAUCCGAUGGAAAAUUGACAGCAAAAGGAAAACAUACUAUUGCAAUUCUGCCUGAUUUACCUGGUGUUGAUUUGGAUAAUGGAAAACAAUUUUGA